GUGGCAAUCCUGAAGAUUAAGGUAGAAAAUGGCUGACUAAAAGCCGGUUUCCUCAAAACUAUCCACUAGUACUCAGCACGUCGUUGUUUGUUUUUCUCAGUAAUUGUUUUGAUAUAAUUUUUUUUUUGGAAUGGAUGAAGCCAUUUAUUCUCCUGCCACCUCCAAAUUGACGUUUCAAGAUCAAAUUUACGCAGUGAAAUUGUCACCAUACGAAUGGUCACAGAAUUUCAUUUGUAUUGCGUUUGGUGAGGAAAUUUCGGUUGGAACUCUCAAAUUUCAGGAUGAAGAAGACGUGACUGAAGAUAUAGCUUACACUCCAAUUAGAACUUUUCAUCAUGAUACUAGAGUUCAUUCCAUUGCCUGGAGUCCAGAAACUUCGUUGAGUGUUGUACCAAAAAUUGUAGCUUUUUCUAUUGCUGGAGCUGAUUUUAAAAUACGUCUUUACAACAGUAAUCUUAAUGACGUCAAUGUUUAUGAGUCGGCCCCUGGAAUCAAAAACAAUCCACGUGGAAGGAGGAAUAUCCCUGAAAUUUGCGUGUGGAAAUGAGAAUAUAAUUGCCAGCAUCGGACGACCAGACAAUAUCUUGAAAGUGACAAAUUUAAGAACAAAACAAGUGGUCCUGAGUGCGACUGUUCAACUCUAUGGAGGCAUCACUUGGCAUUACAAACUGCCGUACAUUUGUGCUGCUAGUGAUAGAGAACUUCUUUUCUGGAAAAUUAAUUCCAAGUGACGAAUUUUUUUAUUGUUAACACCAGUGAAUUAAAUUCAAUUAUCUUUUGCAUAUACAUUUUCAUCUGUUUUUUACUGCGCCGGAAAAUGGAAUAAAAAAUAUUGUAAUUUUUCGUAACUAAUUUCUCUGAUAAUCAAGGGAAUAAUAAUUAAACCGGGGUGAAAUUCACCUGCUACUCGACAAGUCCUCAAAAGUCGAAAUAGAAAUUAAUGAGUUCUUGUCGAUAUUAUCUAUGAAAUUAAAUUCCUACACCAUAUGUAUACCCUUUAAGGUUUUUAUAUUUUGUUUACAAAUAAUUUGUAAGAAAAUUCUUGCCAAACUAUUUAUAUAGAUGCAUAAUGAUGGUAAUAACUAGUUUCUAAUUUGAGACGAUCGUAAAUUAAAAAAAAAAGUUCCAUUCAUGUAGAUGAAAAAUAGUUACGGUAUUUUCAUUUCAAAACGUCUAAUAUGAAAUGACUUAAAAAAAAAGGAGAAAAAAACAAAUUUUAACUAUAUAGAAGAGAUUUUCGAGUAAUUCACUUGGUAUUGAAAAUUAAUCUCUUCUCUCUCACUUAAUAUUGACAGAUGAAACCAAUUCGAUUGGGUUUGAUUGGAGAUUCAGUUUUCUAUCCAUUGAGUUAAUAUCUGUAGAAUAAAAAUAAUCAUCCAUUAAUAUCUGUAUAAUAAAAAUUAAAAAAUCGACGAAAGUCACUGCGCUGAGGGAAACCGAUUAGAUUCCGCGCGCGAUUGAAAAAUGACAGUCCAUUCCAGAAUCACGAGCAAUAGCUUGAUCUCGCCAUUCUUCCAGCGAGGUCACAAACAAUUGAUUUGGCUUUAUCCUUUGCACUUUUAUCCUCUUCAGUGUGGGCAUCUCAACAAUCAACACAACAUUCCCAAAUUCGUAAUAUUUGUUAUGUUUAUUUUCACAUGUAUACCCAAAGAGGAUUGACUGAAGUAGAGACUCAGUUCUGGGGGUUUGAGUGACCUCAACGGCAUCGUAGUACUGCACCCCAAGAGAGGGAGGACGCCAGAUGCAACGCUGGGGUAUCUGUCGUUAGCAGACUCAGCGACUUUUCAGUAAUAUCCCUCC